AUGAUUUCAUUCCAAAAAUCCGUUGUUCUUUUCUUUGCAUUUGCUUUAGUGGUCCUUAUGUUGGAAUCCGCAUCUGCAACUAGCAUCUCCUUCCGUGCGAUUGCUAAAAGAGGCAAAAAACCCAAACCCAUUUCCGAUACCAAUACCACCGUUGGCUUCACUCCCGUUCAUAUAGAAAAUGGAGUAUGGAUAGGUGAUACCAAAGGCGAUUGUACCUUCUACAGUAUCGGUCUUGGUGCUUGCGGUACAUAUAAUACCGAUGCUGAAAUGGUAUAUGCCAUGAAUUGGGAAAUGUUCGAUCAAGGAACACCUGCCGGAAAUCCAAAUAAUAACCCUAAUUGUGGUACAUUCGCUGAAGUUAGUCGUAAAGUUGGUAACAUAGUAAAGAAAGUUAUAGUUAAAUGUGUUGAUCGUUGCCAUGGUUGCCAAUUUGGUGAUGUCGAUUUGAGUUCUACUGCAUUUAAUCAACUUGGACACCCUGAUGAAGGUCGUUUUAAAGUUGAUGUCAAAUUUUUAGGCUCCAACGUCCCCGUCGCCUCCCCAACCCCUUGA